AUGGUCCUGUAUAACUUCAAGACCAUUCAGGUGGUGCCCACGGCCAAGGACUUCAUCGAUAUCGUCCUUUCCAAGACACAACGCCAGACUCCCACAGUCGUUCACAAUGGAUGGGCAAUCAAUCGUAUCAGGCAAUUCUACAUGCGCAAGGUCAAAUUCACACAGUCAAAUUGGCAUGAGAAGCUGUCAAAGAUCCUGGACGACUUUCCCAAAGUGGACGAUAUGCACCCGUUCUUCGGAGACCUGCUGAAUGUGCUGUACGACAGAGAUCACUACAAGCUGGCCUUGGGCCAGCUCCACACAGCACGCAACCUGAUUGACAAGGUUUCCCAGGACUAUGUGCGCUUGAUGAAGUACGGCGACUCAUUAUAUCGAUGCAAGGAGCUGAAGCGCGCAGCGCUGGGUCGCAUGUGUACCAUAAUGAAGAAGCAGGGGCCCAGCCUGGCCUACUUGGAGCAGGUGCGGCAGCACAUGAGCAGGCUACCCGCCAUCGAGCCCAACACAAGGACGCUGCUCGUCUGUGGCUACCCCAACGUGGGCAAGAGCAGCUUCAUGAACAAGGUCACUCGCGCAGAUGUGGAUGUGCAGCCGUAUGCGUUCACCACAAAGUCGCUGUUUGUGGGGCACAUGGACUACCGCUACCUCAGGUGGCAGGUCAUCGACACACCAGGCAUCCUGGACAGGCCCCUGGAAGAGCGCAACACCAUCGAGAUGCAGAGCAUCACAGCCCUGGCGCAUCUGAGGGCUGCAGUGCUGUACGUUAUGGACGUGAGCGAGCAGUGCGGGCACACGCUGGCGGAGCAGGCCGCGCUAUUCCACUCCAUCAAGCCCCUCUUCGCCAACAAGCCCCUGCUCAUCGUGGCCAACAAGACGGACGUGACCUCAAUUGACAGCCUGUCAGCCGAGGACAGGGCCAUCCUGGACGAGAUGGUCAGCGAAGCCGCAAAGAUGAGCGUUGUGGGCGGUGCAGGUGUGGCACCCGGGGACGCCAAGCUGCUGACAAUGAGCACACUGACAGAAGACGGGGUGAUGGCGGUCAAGCAGAUGGCCUGCGACCGCCUGCUCGCCUCCAGGGUGGAGGCCAAGCUGCAGGGCAAGCGCAUCCAGGAUGUGGCCUACCGGAUGCAUGUAGCCACGCCGGCGCCGCGCGACAGGCAGGCGCGGCCACCCAUGAUCCCGCCCACCGUGGCGGCUGCGCGUGCCCGUGCCGCCGCCGCUGCCGAGCCGGCCAAGAAGAAGACCGAGAAGGACCUGCAGGAGGAGAAUGGUGGUGCUGGAGUGUACAGCGCAGACAUGCGCAAGAGGUACGCGCUGGAGGAUCCCUCGUGGCGCUACGACAUCAUGCCGGAGAUCAUUGAGGGCCACAACGUGCUGGACUUUGUCGACCCGGACAUCGAGGCGCGCCUGGAGGCCCUGGACCGCGAGGAGGAGGCCAUGGCCGCCGCUGCAGAGCUGGAGGGCGAUGACAUGGAUGAGGACGAUCUGACGCCGGAGCAGAGGCAGCUGCUGAAGCAGAUCCGUGCGCGCAAGACCAUCGUGGUUGCCGCGCACCGCCGCAAAAAGAGCGCCGCCAACAACGCACCCGUCAAGCCGCGCCGCCUCGACGCUGACCGGUCCUCCACCACAAAAAACAUGAAGGCACGACCUCUCCAUUUAUGUCCAUUUGUGGUGGGCGUGGAUGCCAGCGCAGCAGUUGCGCGGGUGCGCGCGAGGAGCGUGAGCAGACAGGGCCGCAAGCGUCUGAGGAGCGCCUCUGCAGCAGCACCCGCAGACAUGGAGGUGGACGGCAGCCAGGCACCCCCCAAGAAGCGCAUUCAUUCAUCCAAGUCCAUGUCUCGCGGCAGGGCGCUGAGCACAGCCAAGCCGAUCGAGGGGCGGGGUCUCAAGAACGAGGAGCAGCACAACAAGGCCAUCAAGAUCCACGACAGGAUGCAGUACCGCAUGGGCAAGGCUGCGCGCAGGGGAGAGGCCGACAGGCACAUCCCAGACCUCAAGCCCAAGCAUCUGUUCUCCGGCAAGCGCGGCAUCGGCAAGACAGACAGGCGAUGA